AUGACCCAGACAUACAGCAUUACUGAACAAAUAAAAAGAGCCAUGAAUGGUGGUCAUUGGAUGGCAACAGGUGAAACUGAGCAGAUUUAUCACCACAAUGAAAUUGUUGGAUUCAAAAGAAUAUUUGUUUUCUAUGAGGGACAAGUUCCAACUGUAAAAGAAGCCUCCUGGGUGAUGUUCAAAUUCAGUGUUAAUUCAAGUUUGGUUGUGGAUGAUGAACCGAAUGUACGUUCCGUCCAGAGAAAAGGAAUCAUAGACGAAUGUCCUGUGAGAGAAUUAGCUGCUUCUGACUAUUUGUCUCCAUUGCUGUGUUGUUAA